UUCAUCUCAACCCUCUCACCAAUCAUCCUAAACAUUCUUUAAUUUGUCAUAAUUCAUUAAAACCAUCAGACAAGAUCGAAGAGACAAUGACACCUCAACCUAGUACUGUUUUAGCUUUUGUUUCUGUACUCCUUCUACUCACCAUUAAACCUCACGAAGCCUGUAGAUCGAUUCCCCGUGACGACGAUGAACCAGUGUGGAUGAAGAAGAAACAUUAUCUUUUGUUGCCAUCUCUGCAGUGGAAGCCGGUUUCCCCUCCGGGAGGAAAUCCCGGCACCAACGGCGCCGUUAACUCGGCUACUCUCGGCGGGAAGGACUUUGCAGCUACGUCGACGCCGGGAAGUUUAAGGAAACAUGUUUUGUUACCGUCUCUGUGGAAACCGGUGACCCCUCCGACGCCCAACCCCGGCACCAACUCCGCUCUUGCCGGAGCAAAGAACUUUGCUGGUGGGUUGCUUCGUUCCCUGAAAUGGCGGCCGGUUAAUCCGCCGUCGAGCAACCCCGGCCACAACUCGAUCGGGACAGUGAAGGAACAGAACUACGCAGCUGCAGAAAUGUCUGCUCAUCAAUAUUGCAUAGAAUAAUAAUCUCUCGUUUGAU